GCAGGGAGAUCCGCUCUUAGACCGAGAGUUUGGCGGCGCUGAGUUUGACUUGCUCAGCGAUGUGGGCUUCCUCAACGCGCUCUACCACGCCUCCCCCUUGGAGGAGGGAGGGGGCAUGAUGCUGGCGCCUGUCUGUGGCACCUUUGAGUCGCGGAAGCACUUUGAGAAGCGCUGCAAAACCACUUGGCAAAGAUACUGGUGGUGUUCGCGAUGGGACGAUCUUGGCGUGUCGAGCAUUGAUUUUAGCACUCAUUGCGACAUGCCGCGGUGCUUGGUGGGUAGCGAUGCCAUCGAGAAGCUCAGCCAAUUCCAUUCAAGGCGCAACCUCCGCCAACGGGGCAUGGUGCGACGCUAUGUGGAUGGGAGUGGCAAAUGGAGAGUGCAGGGAGGGUCCCAAUUGAAAGCAAGUCAAGCUUAUCCGGCAGGGUUUGGGCGCGCCCUAGCUUCGCGCAGAACACUGGCCCUCAAAAAGCAGCGGAGAUUUGCCCGUAGCUUUCUGAAGAGGGCUCACGAAUCGCGUGGAUCCUUGAUGGAUGAGAGGCCCCGAGCCAAUGCAAAAUGGGUGAAGGGGGCUGAUCUCAAGCCCAUCAUUACAUACUUAUCCCAGCGCCAGUGA